CUCAAACUCUAUAAAUACUUCAACGCUACAGUUGCAAAACACAUCUCAAAAUCGAAACACAAAAACACAAAACAAACAAAUAUGACUACUACUUCAAUCAGAUUCAUAACCCUAGCUCUCACAGUCUUCUCUGUGUUACUGAUCUCCUUGUCUCUCUCCGGCGUCACAGCGACGGAGACGACACGGAGCGAGGCGGAGGCGCGGCAGAUGUACGAGCGGUGGCUAGUUGAGAAUCGAAAGAACUACAACGGUCUUGGAGAGAAAGAGAGACGGUUCGAGAUCUUCAAAGACAACUUGAAGUUCGUGGAAGAGCACAAUUCGGUACCGGAUCGGACUUUCGAAGUAGGGUUGAACCGGUUCGCUGAUUUGACUAACGACGAGUUUCGUGCGGUUUACUUGAGGAGGAAGAUGGAGAGAACUAGGGUUCCGGUGAAGGGAGAGAGGUAUUUGUAUAAGGCUGGUGAUAGUUUGCCUGAUGAAAUCGAUUGGAGAGCUAAAGGUGCUGUGAAUCCAGUCAAAGAUCAAGGAAACUGUGGAAGUUGUUGGGCGUUUUCGGCGAUUGGAGCGGUUGAAGGGCUAAACCAGAUUAAGACAGGGGAGUUGAUAUCUUUGUCGGAGCAAGAACUAGUUGAUUGUGACACGAGUUACAAUGGUGGUUGUGCUGGAGGUCUUAUGGACUAUGCUUUCCAGUUCAUUAUUAAAAACGGUGGGAUUGAUACAGGGGAAGACUAUCCUUAUACUGCAACUGAUGUUAACAAGUGCAAUUCCGAUAAGAAGAACACUCGUGUUGUUACGAUUGAUGGUUAUGAGGAUGUUCCACGAAACGAUGAGAAGUCUUUGAAGAAGGCUCUUGCUAACCAACCUAUUAGUGUCGCUAUUGAAGCCGGUGGCAGAGCUUUCCAGCUUUACAAAUCUGGUGUGUUUACAGGAACAUGUGGAACAUCAUUAGACCAUGGUGUGGUAGCAGUGGGAUACGGAUCAGAAGGUGGUAAAGACUACUGGAUUAUUCGCAACUCAUGGGGAUCAAACUGGGGAGAAAGCGGAUAUGUUAAGCUAGAACGUAACAUCAAUGAGUCAUCAGGGAAAUGCGGUGUGGCGAUGAUGGCUUCUUACCCUACAAAAUCAUCGGGUUCAAACCCACCAAGGCCACCCCUACCUUCACCAGUUGUUUGUGACAAGUCUUACACUUGUCCACCUAAGUCCACUUGUUGUUGUCUUUAUGAGUACGAAGGUAAAUGCUAUAGCUGGGGAUGUUGUUCACUCGAGUCAGCCACUUGCUGUGACGACGGUUCUAGCUGCUGCCCACAGUCAUACCCUGUCUGCGAUUUGAAGGCCGGUACUUGUAGAAUGAAGGGAAACAGUCCGUUAAGCAUAAAAGCCUUGACACGAGGACCAGCGAUUGGGGCCACGAAGUCUACAAACGUGCUUGUAAGCAGCGCUUAAGGAAGAAAAGAACAUAGUUGCUUUUCAUCCCACGUUAUCAAGAUUCAGUCUUCUGUCUUUAAGCCACUUCCAAUUAAGUUUGGAUCAUAGUUUGACUACUCUCGUUAAUUUUAAUGUGUUAUCUUGGAAUUGAUUUUACUUGCUGUAAAUCUUUAAGAAGUAAUAUGAUAUUUGCUCUCAUAGCAAUAUAGCAUUGUCAAUUUGUCAUCUUCGUUGAAUAAUAAAAUUUGACCAAAUUGAAGCUGGAA